GCGUACGCAAAAAUGCUCUCAACAAACUGGAUUCAACACGCAAACGACAAUUUGUUGGAGCUGCUUGAACGGUUAGAUGUUGUGGGAAGUAACAUUGCUCAGGAAGUUCUUGUUUCAAUAUUUAGUGCGCGCUUAGAUAUAGUGCAAAUUUUAAAUUUUGAUGAAUUAUUUUGGGAAAAUUUAACAACUGAAGGGAGCUUUCUCGAUGAGAGCAAGCUCGGUGAAAUACUGUCAGAGGUGACACGACUUGCUUUUUACAUUCAAAAAUACAAUGACUUUAUGAACCAAGUAACGGAUGAGGAUCAAGUAAAUUUCGCAUUUAUUGUUGGUCAGUUGUUUUUGAUGGCCAAAUUAUUAGACUAUAGAGAUGAAGUUGAGAGAAGGAAAAUGUGUUCACUUCUACGUGAAAUUCUUAUGUCAUCCAAUAUCUUAGAGAGCCAUAUUGAAAGCAUUAUGGAAAUAGAGAAAAAAAUCUCUAUUAACGAAAGAGAUUUUACACGUUCCAAGAUUGAAAUAAUCACUGAUAUUCGCGAAGGCAUUGAAGACGAUGAGGCUCCUUCACGACUUACAUACCAGAGAAGAAUUUCUAAUGCUUCUAUGAUUGUGGAUGAUAGCAAAAUCUUCCAAGAAGAGGAUAAUGAAAUGAAUACUAUUUUGGCGAAUUUGAGAUGUUUGCAUAUAAUACGUUGCAUGCUUGAAAAGAAUUCAGAGAGCCUACGUGAUAACCCAUCGAUGUAUGAUCUUAUGAACGAAAUUAUAAUACCUAAUAUACAAAGUCAUGAACCUGUACUGCGAGAGUUAGACAUACAUUGUUUAGGUUUAUGUUGUAUACUCGAUCAGGGUAAUGAAAUUCUAGAAUUAUUACGAGAAUGCUUUAUGAAUGAAAAUGAACAAGUGCAAGCAACCGCAGUUGUGGGAAUAUCCAAAUUAAUGCUUUCUAAAAUGUUGCGUGAUAAACAUGUCCUAAAAGAACUUGUGUUGUUAUAUUUUGAUAUUAAUACUGCGUCGAAUCUUCGUUUGAGACAAU